GUUGCAUCACAUCACAUCACAUGCAAAAGCCAAAAUUUCCCUCACUUACAAGAAAGGCACAAAACUCAAAUCAUAUAUAGCAAAUUUAUGAUAACUAACUUCAAGUUUCAUUCCAAAUAAACAAAACUUCAUUGAACCAAAAGUGUAAAGAGAUGAGACUAAGAAUUUGCAGUACACAGUUGCAAGCUCUAACACAAGAGACAGAAACUCUUGUUAAACAAGCUGUUAACCUAGCAACAAGAAGAGGUCAUUCACAAGUGACUCCUCUUCAUCUUGCAACUGUCAUGCUUUCAAAUUCCACUAGCCUUCUCCACAAAGCAUGUCUCCAAUGCCAUUCUCAUCCCCUCCAAUUCAAAGCACUGGAGAUUUGCUUCAAUGUUUCUCUCAACCGUUUGCCGACAUCGACGUUAUCAAGUCCUCUUUUGAGUAGUCCUCAAUAUUCAUCGCCUUCACUUUCAAAUUCCUUAAUCGCAACGUUCAAACGCGCUCAAGGUCACCAACGUCGCGCUACUUCUAUUGAGAGCCAGCAACAGUCUAUUUUGGCCUUGAAGAUUGAGAUUGGACAGUUGAUAAUAUCUAUUCUUGAUGAUCCUUGUAUUAGUAGAGUUAUGAGAGAAGCUGGUUUCUCUAGUUUACUUGUUAAAACCAAGGUGGAAGAAGCACUUUUAAGCCAGUCCAAGGACAACAACACUUAUAAGCCACAAGCUUAUGGUGCUAAUAAUAGUGUGUCCUCAUCUAGAUCUUUUGAUCAACUUGAUGGUUCUAUAGACCAUUUUGCAACUUGUGUUGGUAGCCUCAACCUUACUUUAAGUCUUGAUAGUAAUUUUCAAGCUCAGGAGAGAAGCAAAGUGAAAUUCAAGGAUGAAUCUUUUGAAGAUGGUGUCAAAGUGAACAAGCAUAUAGCUUUGCCAACAUGGCUUCAAAAUUGCAAGGAGGAGAGAGUUCAAGCAACGGAAAAUCAGAAAAAUGCAAAGCAGUGGAAAAAAGAAUGUGAGUUAUACACUGAGACUGAGAGUGAGAAUAUCAGUGAUAAUUGCCAUGAAGGAAAUUUAAUAAUGUUCAUGCCACAAACUGUCCCUAAGCAAGACUUUUUGUCAAAUCCAAACUCUAGUCCCAACUCAGCUUCUUCAAGUGAAGAAUUUGAUGGUUUGAAGAGCUCACAAAUGUUGAAUGAACUCAAUGAUGAGAACAUGAAGAUUUUAUGUGAAGCAUUGGAGAAAAAGGUUCCAAAUCAAAAGAAAACAUUAACUAAGGAGAUUGCAAGCACUGUCCUUCUUUGCAGGUCAGGAAUGAGAAAAGGAGGAGACAAAGACAACUACUUAGUGAAGAGAGAUGGUAAACAAGAAACAUGGAUGUUGUUUCUAGGUGAUGAUUCUCAAGCUAAAGAGUUAAUCUCAAAAGAGCUAGCAAAAGUUGUUUUUGGCUCUUACAAUGACUUUGUCACCAUUGGUAUAAGUAGUUUCUCUUGCAAAGGAAGUGAGGAAUCCAAAAAGAAAAGGCUAAGAGAUGAGUUUGGUAGUAGUUAUAUACAAAGAUUUGGUGAAGCAGUGAAUGAGAAUCCUCAUAGGUUGUUCUACAUGGAAGAUUUUGAGCAAGUUGAUUACUUUACUCAAAAGGGUAUUAGAAAAGCAAUUGAAAAUGGAUGUUUAACACUUCCUUGUGGAGGUGAAUUUGUAUCUCUCAAGGAUGCUAUUGUCAUUUUCAGCUGUGAAACAGCUUCUUCAUAUGUUGAUAAGUUGGAGGAGAAAAAAACAUGCCUCUCUUUGGAUCUCAACAUAGCUAUUGGAGUUGAUGAACAAAAUGUGUAUUUAAAUGGAGACUUUGGGAUCCUAGAAUUAGUUGAUAAACAAAUUAACUUUGAAACACAAGAACAAACAUGUUAGGUUUGGGUGAUACUUAACUUUUUUUUCUUAAAUAUUGUCCUCUUUUUUUGUUGUUGUUGCUUAGGUAGACACUUGGUGGGGGAAAGAAAGUAAUGGAUGCAAAAUUAUUAGAUAUGCAAAAUUAUUAGA